GCAUGCUCCGCGCCCGAGUUCUCUCAGCUCUUCGCUUGCCGCCACUUGCGGCGGAAUAAUUUUGUCUCUGCCAUCGCCGUGUAGCGGAAUUGCCAAAGCCAAGCCGGGUUCUCACGAGGCUUCUUGGGACUUGUAGUCCACAUCUGCGCGGACAGAGGACCCGGGCACAAGGCGGAAACUACACAUCCCAUGGUGCUCUGCGCGGACUCCCUGCCCUUCUCGUAGGAGGGCAGGCUGGAGGAGCCGUGAGCAUCCGCGGGCCGCCGAGUCCCUUUCCUCUGGGCCAAGGGAGGGACUUGCGUGGCCCCGGUGCUCGCUGGUGCCGCCGCCCCGGCCUUGGAGGGCUAAGCCUGGUGUCUGUCUCUGGCUCAGCUGGCCCUACAGUGCCGGUCGGACCGCGGCUUAUCCGCUCCGCCCCGGCCUCGCCUCCCACCCUUCCCUUCUCCUCUGGCCGCCGCUGCGGUCCCCUAAAAGCCUCCCCCCGUCGGGCCUAGGCCCUGAAGUGCUCUCUGUGACCUGGGGAGAUUUGCCUGUCGCUUAGCCCGUGCGUUUCUCUUUGGCUGCUUUUCCAGAUGAACAGGAUGAAAGUUGACGAGGAGGAGUAUUGGCACAGCUCCAAGUGUAAAGCCUUCACAUUUGAUGAUGACGAUGAUGAGCUCUCCCAGCUAAAGGAGUCCAAGCGGGCAGUGAACAGCCUUCGAGACAUUGUGGAUGAUGAUAACGACGACCUUGAGAAGUUCAGCUGGAGUGGAGAGCCAGUGGGUAGUAUUUCCUGGUCCAUCAGAGAGACAGCCUCCAGCAGCUCUAAUGCUCCUGAGGGGAGAGACUCAGGCGUUCAGAAGGGUUCUUCUACCCAUGCAACCUUACCCAAGCAAGCCUCCUCUUACUCCCUCAGCAGUUUCUUCAAAGGAAGAAACAAACUUGGAAGUUUUCAGUCCCUUUCCGAUGCACUCUCCGAUACAGGAGUUAAAAGCUACGCUCCAGAGCUGCGCAGACCGAAGGCAGAAUACAAGGAUUAUAGCAGCGAUUGGAGUCCCAAGGACACAGUCAGACGAAUGCAAAGGGGCAAGAUCUGCUCACUGGAGAGAUUCCGUUCCCUGCAGGAAAAGCUGAUGCUCCUGGAUGAAGCUGUUGCAGUGCAUGAUGGAAAUGUCAUUACAGCUAUUCUAAUAUUCUUGAAGAGGACAUUGAAGAAAGAGAUUCUCUUUCGAGAGCUGGAGGUGCGACAGGUGGCCCUACACCAUCUAAUCCAUUUCCUCAAAGAGACAGGGGAGCAGAAGCUUCUCCUGGAUUUGCUCAGGUUCCUGGACAGGACUGAGGAGAUUGCUCUGUUCCAGUACCGAGAGCACUUGAGCAUCCAGGAUGCAGAGAAACGAAGAGAAUUUCUUAAAGGCUGCAUCAGGUUGCCAUUUUCAUCUGAAGAUGCCAUUCAUGUUCAAGAUCAUUACACGCUCCUGGAGAGACAGAUCAUCAUUGAAGCAAAUGACCGGCAUCUGGAGUCUUCUGGGCAGUCAGAGAUAUUUAAGAAAUACCCACGAAAGGCCUCAAUCCUCAACAUGCCACUGGUGACCACGCUAUUCUACUCCUGCUUCUACCACUACACAGAAGCUGAGGGGACAUUCAGCAGCCCGACCAACCUGAAGAAAACCUUUAAGAUCCCAGACAAACAGUAUAUGCUGACAGCCCUGGCUGCCCGUGCCAAGCUGCGAGCCUGGAAUGAUGUGGAUGCCCUGUUCACCACCAAAAACUGGCUUGGCUACACCAAGAAGAGAGCUCCAAUUGGCUUCCAUCGAGUGGUGGAGAUCUUGCAGAGGAACAACGCUCCGGUGCACGUGCUGCAGGAGUACGUGCGUCUGGUGGAGGACAUAGAGGCAAGGUUGAGCCUUGCCAUGAAGUAUAAGUGCCACGAUGUUGUUAUUGAUGUGAGUUCCUGCUCUGCAAAGGGGAAGAAGACAUAUAGAGACCUGAAGGAUCGUCACCAGCUGAUGGCGUACAGGUGUAAGGUGGAGCGGGGCUCUGCAGAAGAGGACAAGAUAGACAACAUCCUCAGCAACAUGCAAAUCCGAUGGAAGAAUUGAGACGCGUCUGCUCCUUUCAGAACCAUCUCAAUUUGCCAUUGCCAUGCCAGUGAGAGAGGAAACUAUGGAGCCAGCCUCAGUGCCAACAGAGCAAGUUCCAUUUCCAGUCUUGGUGUGGCUGGUCUGAUAUUGCUAGGCAGUGCUAAUAGCUGCUGGGACAGAAAUGCAUCCAGGCUGACAUAAGGCAAACCCAGCUAUCUGGCUAAUGGAACAAGACACUGAUGAACUGGAAUCAAUGCUCUGUAACAGGCCAGACCAUGAGAUGAGCAUGGCCUCAGUGUACAGAUAGAAGUCAAGUCAGCAAAGCAGCAGCUACUUCAGAUUUGUGCAGAAUUGGGGCUCAUUCAGGUGUGAGGAACAAAGGAAUUGUUGUUCCUCACAGCUGAAUGAUUUCUCCUAGGGACAGAGGUGACCCACCCCUUUGCCAUACCAGCUGCUAAGGCUGGGGCAAAGAUGGCUGUGUCAGAAGUGAAGAUGCAGGAACCACCCACAGGGCUGCAUUCUCCCUG